AGACAUCGUUGCUGGCCCUGCCCCUCUUCCCAGGUCUAAUACUCCCAGGUCGUUCUUCAGACGCUUCUGGAUACAAAAUGUCUUCUGAAGGCGCAAAGGACCUUCCCGUCCGGCCGGCGGCCGACGCCAAACCUGCUGGUGACGGGCUCCCCGAUUUCAUUGUCGAACGUAACAACUUCUUCGAAGAACUCUGGCAACAAUACCUCGAGGAACUCAAGAACAAGCCCCACCCCGAAAUCAAGGUCAACCUCGAGCUUGGCGACGGAAACUCCAUCGAUGUCACCGCAAACGCCUGGGAGACCACCCCCGCACAGCUUCUGAAGAACGUGCCCAAAGAGUUGAGCGCCAAUGUUGUUCUCGCGAGGGUUGGAAAGGAACUGUGGGAUCUGAGCCGUCCGCUCGAGGGAGAUUGCACCGUUUCUUAUGUCCCCUUCGAUCACCCCGAGGGUAGGGAGGUUUUCUGGCACUCUAGCGCUCACUGUCUGGGUGAGGCUUGUGAAUGCGAAUAUGGAUGUCUUCUGUCCCACGGUCCUCCCACGCCCCAGGGUUUCUUCUAUGACAUGGCCAUGCCGGAAAACCGCGUCGUCAGAGAGACCGAUUGGCCGUUGUUGGACCGCCACGCCAACCGCAUCUUCAAGGAGAAGCAGAGUUUCGAUAGACUGGAGGUUACGAAGGAGAACCUCAAGAAGAUGUUCGCGUACAGCAAGUACAAGCUGCACUACAUCGACAAGCUCGUCACCGGAGAGAAGAGCACUGUCUACCGGUGUGGUACUUUGGUCGACCUGUGCAGAGGUCCCCAUAUCCAGAGCACCGGCAAGGUCAAGACCUUCAAGAUCAUGCAGAACUCUUCCGCCUACUUCCUCGGUGACCAGUCCAACGACUCUCUGCAGCGUAUCCGCGGUGUUGCUUUCCCCGAUAAGAAGCAGAUGUCAGAGCACCUGAAGUUCUUGGAGGAGGCUGAGAAGCGCAACCACGUUAAGCUGGGCAAGGAGCAAGAGCUGUUCUUCUUCGACGAGGUUUCUCCAGGAUGCCCUUUCCUUCUCCCCAACGGUACCAAGAUCUUCAACGCUCUCCAAUCCCUUUUGCGCUCCGAGUACCGUAAGCGCGGCUACCAGGAGGUUCAGACCCCCAACAUGUAUGAUGUCGGCAUCUGGAAGACGUCUGGUCACUGGGCCCACUACAAGGAUGACAUGUUCAAGCUUGAUGUCGAGAAGAGGGAGUGGGCUCUUAAGCCUAUGAACUGCCCCGGUCACUUUGUGCUCUUCGGCCACCGCGAGAGAAGUUACAGAGAGCUUCCUCUGAGAAUCGCGGAUUUUGGUGUCCUGCACAGAAAUGAGGCAUCCGGAGCCCUGAGCGGUCUCACCCGUGUUCGCAAGUUCCAGCAGGAUGACACUCACAUCUUCUGUACCCAAGACCAGAUCACGUCUGAAAUCGAGGGUCUGUUCGACUUUCUGCAAUCCAUCUACGGCCUUUUCGGUUUCACCUUCAAGCUGAAGCUCUCCACCCGUCCCGAGAAGUAUCUGGGUGAGCUCGAGACCUGGAACUACGCAGAGGAGCAGCUCAAGGCGGCCAUGACCAAGUUCAAGGGCAAUGACUGGACCAUCGAUGAGGGUGAUGGUGCCUUCUACGGUCCGAAGAUCGAUAUUACCAUCGCCGACGCCCUCAAGCGAGAGUUCCAGUGUGCCACCAUCCAGCUUGAUUACCAGGCUCCCAUUAACUUCAAGCUCGAGUACAUGAGCAACGAGAAGGCUUCUGCUGAUGCCGCUAAGGAGGGCGAGGCCAAGCCCAACGAGCCUGGUCCUGGCCGUGCUCGCCCGGUUGUCAUCCACCGUGCUAUCAUCGGCAGUUUUGAGCGUUUCCUUGGAAUUUUGAUCGAGCACUUCGGUGGCAAGUGGCCUUUCUGGAUCAGCCCUCGUCAGAUCCUGAUCGUGCCUGUCAUGCCUGCUGUCAACGACUACGUUGAGGAGUUGCAGACGAUUCUCCGCGGCGAUAAGCUGAACGUGGACAUUGACCUCAGCGGCAACACCAUGCAGAAGAAGAUCCGUACUGGACAGCUUCAGCAAUACAACUUCAUCUUCGUUGUUGGCGCUUCCGAAAAGGAGAGCCGUACGGUCAACAUCCGUAACCGUGAUGACCCUGCCACCCAGAAACAGGGCGUGAUGAUUCCUCUCGACGAGGUCCGCGAGAAGCUCCGGGCCCUGAGAAAGGAGCGGAGACUGGUCAACGCUCUCUAAGCGAAACAUCAUUUUUCUUGCAUCUGAUCGGUUGCAUCGCGGGUUCUGAAUUACGUGCUACGAGAUCUACGUGUCAAUAUACCAUGACUUAGAUACUAGAUCGCAUAAGAGGCGAUGUCGGCAGUGAUGAGAGAUUAGACCCGGAGAGUAAGACGAAGCGAGCGCUGCGUGAUACUGUGUUUCUUCCACGGUGAUUGAGUAUAGCCUUUGGGGUAAAAGUUCACGUAUAUGGCGGCAGAGGAUAUUGUUUAGAAUUGCAAGGGCGUUAGAGCUAGCUGUUGAUUGUUAACUGAGCCUCAAUCCAUGAAUUCAUUCAAGUCUUAAACCUCUUAAGAAAGGGGGUAAAGUCUGGCCCCAAGGGCUGGCCGCCGAUUGCGUUUCGGAUGUCC